AAUUACGUUCACUGACAGAAGGUCUAAAACAGAUAGGGGCUUAUUAGAGAGAGGAGCUUAUGUUCAGUGAUAAAUUUUAUAAUUUUUAUUGUAUGAUCGUAUAUUUAUUUGGCUGGUGUUUGCUUACCUGUACCUCAGUGGCAUGACCAACCAAUAUGACAGACCAUGGAGCACACAGCCACACACUCAGCGAGAGAUGGCUCAGUUCAAAACAAGACAAGAGCAGGAAAUUUUGCAUUCAGAAAAGAAGAAGGACCUGAUUGUAGAGACAGUUCUUGUGGACCAGCUGUCGAGGGCAGCCGUUUCUGAUCCAGAAAAAAACAACAGCAUUAUUCCUCCUGAUGUGGGACCCAAACAACGAAAGCAAAUGGAAUUUUAUAACACCAGGAGUCCUUCCAAAGGUCCAAACACGGAAAAUGCCCUGUCCAAGAGAGUGCGAUUUGGAGCCAGAAUUGUGACAAAGAAUGGCCGUGAUGCUCAUAGAGAAUUAAAUGGGUUCUUCUUUUCAGCAGACAACACACUCACACUCUAUGAAUUUCACCAGUUUGGCACAAGGUCAUCAGCUCUUCCUUUCAUUCAGCGAGGCUGUUAUAGCCAUGUGCAAGGAAAGAAAAAAGGACAACCGUACACUCUGUUGGACAUCUGUGUGGGAAGUAAUUUAUCUUUUGCGACAUCUCCCCAAACAUCUCUUCCCCAAAGUGUUAGGAGCCGCCCUGUUGUAGUGUUUAGAGUUUCAGAAGUUGAUGAGCAAGCUAGAGAGACACAACUGUUUGAAAGCUGCCAUUCUCUAGAUGACAAACGUUUGGUAAUGGAAACACUGGAUAAUCCACUCUCGGAGGCAGAAUUACAGGAACAGCAACUGUUGGAAAAUGUACAAAGUAGGUACAAAAAUCAGUCAAUGACAGAGAUGAUACACAUGUCAGAACAUUUUAAUUAAAGCUAUAACACGUGUUU